AUGCAAUAUAUCACCACCUCUGCAUUAGGUGUACAAUAUGUAAUCUUUUUAGUAUCACUCCUUAAAGUAUUGAAAGUCGCAAGAUGUGAACCACCACCUUCAACGUUCUACAAUCGUCCAAAUCCUCAACCAUUUGCACCAACAAUCCCACCAGACACAUAUGGACCACCAAGUCAGAACUUUGCACCACCGAUCCAAAAUUAUGGAACCUUAAACACUGGAUUUAUAUCCUCUACACCAUCUAAAAAUUAUGGUGCACCUUCUCAACCUCCAUCUAACAGUUAUGGACCACCAGCUCAAAAUCCUUCAAACAGCUAUGGACCACCAGCUCAAAAUCCUUCAAACAGCUAUGGACCACCAACAUUACAAUCUGAAUAUGGACCACCAUCUGCUGAUACAACACCAUCACCAGUAAUUCAUAAACAUGUCUACAUCCACAUUCCACCACCAGAACCAGACUAUUCAAAUCCAGAAUAUCCAAUAAAGAAUCCAGUUCAACCAGUGCAGAAACAUUACCGAAUAAUUUUCAUAAAAGCACCGACUCAAGCGUCACCAACAAUUCCACCAUUACCACCUAUUCAAGCUUCGUCUGAAGAGAAAACAAUAGUCUACGUUUUGGUGAAGAAACCUGACGAUUUACCAGAAAUAAUUAUGCCAACACCAGGAACAACAAAACCAACGAAGCCAGAAGUGUACUUUAUUCGUUACAAAACAGAAGACAAGUCGACAUCGACACCAGAAAUAGAAACAGGCGGUGGAUAUUACAGAAAGAAGUAACGAUGAUACUUGAUAUAAAUAAAUGAGGGCAUAAGGUCAAUGAAUUAUUUAUCUAGUGCAGUUUUUCAUCAUCACGUCUCACUCACAUCGUCAUUCACAAUAUGCUACUAUUGUACAG